AUAUGUAGGGGUAAGUAGCAGAUUUGUUUUCUCCAAAUCUGUCCUCCUCUUUCAACAGAAGCAGGAAGUGCCAAGUUUGCUUGAAAAAGACCAAAAAUUACUGACAUCCUGAGCGGGCUGCAGCCCAAAAUCAUGUAUUAUGUAACGUCUUCCUCCCAGCGAAUUGUUUUGAGCUAAAUUGGGGAUAAAUGUGUUUCCUGGGUAGCUGACCGAGGCGUAAGAUCGAAGAGAGAAUAAUCACAAAAAGUGCACCGCCCUGCCUGCCUUGUUCAUGUGCCAAUGAGUGACCAGUAGUAAUUGACCCUAAUCCUCGUUCGGUCAGUUUUUGUCCAAACUUAGACCAGGUGUCGAGGUAAAGACAAGACGUGUUAUCACCGAGAUUGUACUUUUCUUCCUACAAGUUGGAUGAGUAGAAAUGAAGAGAAAUUUUUAUUUUGAUUGAUAGUGCUUGAUUGAAAAGGAUGAUGGUGAUUUUUUGAAGGUGUUAUUUGAACUGAGAAAAGUUGAUUGUCUACUAUUAAGUGGUUGCCAGUGGGUUAUUUAGAAUACUGCCAACUGAUUUUUGUCGGAGACAUUGCUGUUGUACUUCAAAGGUCAGCAAAGGUCACACAUGUGUACUUGUCUUGAUUAGAUUUGAUCGAGGAAUUAGCAAUUACGAACUUUUGUGAAAGUCAUCUUUUUAUUGGAGAAGUCACACUCACUGAAGCCUGCUUCAAAGAUGAAACUCUAAAACAAGAAGAGACAUACUUGAGUGACUGCAGCUCUGGCUCUCUUAGGAUCUCCCCCGCCGCCACACGCACACGAGCUGGCUCCUCUCCCCGUGAAUACAUAGGAGUUCCCCCAGUCGACAGUGCACCCAGUCAUACUCGCACACCGGUGCAGCAGGGGGAAAAAAGAGAAAGAUUCGGGAGACACUCUGAUCUUGUAUUGUAUUGUCCACACGUGUGUACAUUUGACUUGUGAACUCUUGAUGUUACGUGGGUUAGAGAUCGACGGCGGUGCGCAGGCGAUUGAAAACUAGGUGAAUGGACUUAGUUCAGACUUUUGUGCAGUGCUGUUUGUGAAUGUUUGGACUGGACCUUUUCACUUGAUUUCAUACAUUGGUUUGCAUCGAGGAAAAGAAAUAUGAAGCAGUAACUAAGUGAGUGAUCCAUGAGUGACUCAGCCCAGUGCAGUCCUGUCUGCCUCUCACACCACCACCAUGCUCAAGACCACGUUCAAGCUCGAUGCCAUCUGCGCCAAGCUGUCCAAGGGCCUGUCCGGGCUACCACCCCAGGAGGAGCCCUGCACAGGGGCCACCCUUCCAGGUAGCAACGGCUCGCCCAGGUACGCCCACCACCAGGAUCAGGAAGCUUUCCAGCCGGACGUCGGCUCUGACCUCAAGACGUUUCACAAUGGCGACGUUGCGCCCAACUGCAGCGCGCAGCUUCCGAUGGUUCAAGCAACGGAAAACAAUGGCUACAUGACUGAUGAACUGCCAGAAUACAAGGGAUUUAUCGAAAGGAAUGGCGGUGACGAUAGCAGGUGCAGCUCCCCUAAAGUUCUCAGUGGUGCCAGCAAGAGAAAGUCGCGGCAGCGCUCAACAAGAGUAGCCACGCAGGAAGCGGAUAGUCCCUCAGAUGGGACGAUGGCUCGGUAAACAGUUUUCAGGAUUGCGAUGAGAGUUUGGACAGUGGCGUGGUUGGCUCACACCAGGACGAGCCAGUCAAUGGCCUAGACCAGUGGGAGGAGGAGCAAGAAGAGACAGCAGAUAGUGAAUUUAAUACUCAGGAACAUAACCAUGAUGAAAAUAUAUCUAUGCAAAAUAUCCCCUAUACAAAUGCAACUAAUCACAAGGCAAAUAAUGGCAAUAAAGUAGGACAAGAUGACCCUUCUGCUUCUUCCAAAGAGACGGAGGUGGCUCCUUACAAGGUUGCGGGACACGAACUGCGCACCCGCAACAGCUGUAAGGUACCUAUUUAUGAUGAAUCUGGGCUUUCAGACGAGGACGUGGCGGGCGACAAGGCUUCCUACGAUCCUCGAGCAAUAAUGGAGUAUGCUGAACGCAGCUGGUGCAAUGAAAAUGGUACUGAAAUUGAGGAAGGACUCGAAACCAACGGUGUGGUUUGUGACAUGGAGGAGAGUGGUAGAGCAGCUCAGGGACCGGAAGGGAAACCGCGGCGACGGAGAGGCAGACCAAGCAAGACUGAGCCGGUGAAGAUGGUUGAGGAGCGAGAUGAGAGGAUAGCUGAGACUCAAGAAUUUGAGGAGAUGAGGGAGACGUGUCCUCCGGAACAGGGAGACGCGGUGCAGGAGGAGGAGGAGGAGCAGGAGCAGGUGGAGUAUGUGGAGGAUUUGGAACCAGAGGAGCAAGGAGAACCAUCUCAAUCCUCUGCAUCACCUUCAUCACCGAUGUCCACCAAGAUGGGCAAGGAUGGCCAGAUUGAUCCAGGUGCACCCUAUGACAUGGAAGGGCUGGAGGCGGUCAAGGCAUACGCAACUGACACCAUGAAGGAGUUCCUAGGCAUGUACGGCUACAUUGAGGAAGGGGCUCUUGCAAGGGAUGAAGAUCUACCAAUCGAACACAUUCGACACAUCUUAGAGUUACAGAGACGCCAUGCAGAGAAGAAGAGGGCUCUGGCCCGCCAGCACUACCAGCAGCAGACUCAGAGGAUCGCCCCUCAGGCCGCAGACAGGACAGAAGCAGAGGAUGAGAAGGUCCUGGGUUCAGACCCCAGGUCGUCAGCAUUCAUGAAGCUUUCAUCAGAGGGUGGAACCGAACCUAAGGACCCGUCCAUAUUGAAGGAGUCAGAUCAUCAAAGGGUAGCGCCCAGUCAUGCUGUCCUUCAGCAACUCGCAGCCCUCCAUCAGCAGCUACGUGCCGAAGAAUCCGCCCUGGCCAAUAACAAUGGCACCGCAUCCAGCCACGACCUGUCCGAUGCGCCCCAUCAAGGUCAGGACCAACACCGUCACCACCACCGUCAUCAUCCACUGGGGAGGGGUGGUGAUGACCGCGACCGCGCCCGUCAGGACAGCCCAUCCUCCCAGCAGCAUGCAGGGUUGAGAGAGCAUAUGGAGUCCCUGAGGGAAGCUGCUGCAGCAGAAGGAAACAUGUCAGAGCUAUGUGCCCCUCCAUACCCAGGGGUCUUGGCCGCCCAUCUAGAGGGCAAGAUGACAAACUCAAGGAUGGCGACAGGGAAAACCGUGAAGCAGUUGAUAGAGGAACAGGAGUUUAUGAGGAAUCUCAUGGAGUUAGGAGACCGACCUGAAGCCAAAAGGUUUUCCAAGUAUGACUACUUCAUCCAGAAACUAGAAGCAGGUGAAAGUAUAUCCAAAGAUGUACCCAAUCUGCGAGUGUCCAAGUACGACAGCUACAUCCGCAAGUUAAAGGCAGGCCAGUCCAUCAACAAGAUCAUUGGCCGCAAGGUGAGUGCUUCCCAGCGUAUCAGGGACAUCAUCAGCCAACAGAUCCAGUUGAAGCAGGGGGGAGGCAGUGGCCAUGAGGGUGAAGCCGGCUCCAAGGAAGGGGUAGAUGCAGAGGCCAUAGAGGCCGCCAUCCUUGAGAGUGAGGGGUUGGCACAGAGGGAGUUUGCGGCCGCUGCGUCUGCUGCUGCUGCUGCCGCCGCCGCCGCAGCUUCCGCAUCCGACCCCCAGCUCCACCUGGAUCCCCAACGGAGCUCCAACUACGAGUACUUCAUGUCCAAGUUCAACAAGGGGGAGGUCGUACCCCGGUAUUCUCUCGGAGACGGAGUUGCGUCGACGUCCUCCAACUCUAGCACAUCGGCCAUCAGUCCGCCUCCAGGUAUGGACGACUCGUCCAUCGAUGACCCCAGGAUGGAGAGACGGGAUGACUUCGCUGGGAUGGACGAUUACAACGUGUCGUACGAACCCAGAGACAACAUCCUCAAGAAGUGCCUCCUAGAGACUGGGAGGAGUGAUCUGGAUUCAGAGGAGGGCAGCGAGAAGGGAAUCAAGUCAGGCACUCUGUCGACGUCGUCUAGUCCAGGACUGGAAGGUGGUGCUUUCAAUCGAUACAUAGCCAGGUAUGACAUAGCCAGGUUCGGUGCUUCUCAGGACUGCGGUCGCUGCUCCUACCAGUUCAAGGAACACUACCAUUGCCUGGACAAAGAUUGCAAGUUUGCUAGGUUCACACGCAAGGAGGACGUUAUACGUCACUACAACUGGCACAAACGCCGAGACAACUCCCUCCAGCACGGGUUCAUGCGCUUCAGCCCUUCGGACGAUUGCCGGCCUUACUACCCCGGCUGUACUCUUAAUAUGAAGAACACACAUUAUCACUGUAUGCAGAACGGGUGCCACAAGGUGUACACUAGCACCUCCGACGUCCUCACCCACGAGAACUUCCACAAGAAGAACUUCACGCUCCUCAGCGACGGCUUUCAGCGGUUCCGCGCCACCGAGGACUGCGGGCUUCCCAUGUGCAGCUUCUACGGGCAGAAAACCACCCACUUCCAUUGCCGACGUCCGGGAUGCGACUUUGUCUUCAAGAACAAGUGCGACAUUGAGAAGCACAAGACGUUUCACAUGAAGGAUGAUAUCUACAGGAAGGAUGGCUUUAGGAAGUUCUCCAAACAUGAGGCCUGCAAGUUUGACGGUUGUCGUUACUCCAAUACUCUCAACCAUUUCCACUGCAUACGCAAUGGCUGCAACUUCACCUUCACGGCCGCCAAUCAGAUGCACUCUCACAAGCGCAAGCACGAACGUCGCCAUCGCAUGAUGGAGUACGAGACAGGUCGUCACUUCAUGCGCUCCAUCCGUCCGAAGAUGAAGCUGCCUCUCCCUCGCGUCAACCCGACUUACCGCAGUCUCCACGGUGGCAACAGCUCUCAGAUGGCCAUGGGCGAGAAGACCCUCAUCAUGCCUCCUUGCCCCGCGAUCAUCUUCAAGUCCGACCCCGGCGCCGCAUCCAUAGCGGAGCGUGCAGCCCUCGCGGGUCAGUCUGCCGCACUGGGAGCCAGCCAGACAUCACCUCUAGCCGGCCAGAUGAUGGCGCUACCCAACCACUCUGCGUCACGCCCUGACGUCCAAGCCAUCCAGUCAUCCGUCAUCACCUCAGCCCCAUCUGCCUCAGGAAACACCGGCUCCUCCCUGGAGUCAUCAUCAUCAUCAGGUCACGGUGCAUUUGACCCGGUGCGGUCCUACCAUCAGGACACCCACAGGGCCACGCCCGAUUCCCUCUCUGCGACGUCGGUCAUCACCAAUACAAUCGCUGCUGCUGCAACCACGGUAGAGGGACACCAUUCUUCGGAUGAGAGUGGAGACGAGAGACCAAUGGAUCUUCAGAUGUAUGACAAGUACCGCUAUCAGCAGCAGGUAGCUGCAGAGCUUGACUCUAACGAUGAGGAUAGGCCCACAGACCUCAGCAUGCCUGACAAAUCAUAUUCACAGGUGGAGAGAAUGGAAGACGAUGAAGAGGAUGACGAGCUACCCUCCGGCUUUGCCAAGAUAGCCGAGAUGGACAACAACAAGAGCAAGGAGGGAGAGGACCUCAACGACUCCCUCAACCUUCCCAUCGCCUCCUUCAUCUCGCCCCCGUGCCAGAUGGCAGAAAUGGCGGGGGAGGGGGAGGAAGAGGGGGAGAGAUUGGAGAGGGAGGAAGAGCCCCGGGUCAGCCCUAUCACUAUCAAGAAAGAGCCGAGAGAUGGAGAGAUGAGGCAGGACCAAGAGGCCUGGCAAAAGUACUUCAGAAGGUACACUGCCAAUGACCACUGUCACUCUGCCUGUGAGCUGCUGUACAAGGGUCACUAUCACUGUGUAGUGGAAGGAUGCGGAGAGUACUUCAGGUCAAAAGAGGGCGUCAACAAGCAUACAAGGUAUCAUCUGAUGAGCGACGAGGCUGAAGAGCUUGACUUUCAUUACUACCAGCAUGGCCAGACGUGUGAGAAUACCUUCAAGGGUUGUCCAUUCAGCCCCCUGGCACACUACCACUGUAUGUGGGUAAGUCACAGCUUCAGCUCUGUUCAACUCUGCUCAACUCUAUUCAAUGCAGUCGAGCUUGAAACCGGAAACUACUGUGGAGAGGUGGUCCAUACAGGCAGCAGCUUGAUGAAGCCUCACUACGAGAAGCAUCAUCAGAAUCCAGAGCUUGAAUCCAUCCGACAUAGCGACACCGAUAAACCUGCAUUCGUAGGUGCUCCCAUCGACCAGACUCAACCCCCAAAAGUGGUACUCAAGGACCAAACAAUGAAGUGGUUCACCGCACCUCCCCCCGCCCAAGCCAACGACAACGGCUACUGCAAGGUGGACCCAGGGAAGUGCUCCAAGACAGAGUGUCCUCUGGUCGGGCAGAAGCACUUCCACUGCACCCGAUCGGAGUGCAACUUCGCCACCGAGAGCCCCGACAUGCUGCACGACCACAAGAGCAACGAGAAGCUCAUCUUCGACAGCUUCCGCCAGUUCAGCCGCAAGUUGGACUGCCGGCGUCCAGGCUGCAAGUACAACCUGCUGCACAAGCACUACCAUUGCAUGCACCAGGGAUGCCAGUUCUCUUUCCUGCAGAUUCAACAGAUGGAGUCUCACGGCCGUAAGCACAUGCGCCGCAUCUAUGGCAAGUUCUUCAACCGCCCCAACAACAACUCUCCAACAGGACCGCAGCAACUAGUUCUCCCUAUUCUACCUCUCAACAACCACUCCCCACCUGGCAACAUGAGCUCACCCCCAGGGGCCCUCGCCUCACCUCCUAGUCCCUACCACAUGCACCCCACCAUGGUGUCCCUGGCAAGCUCUAGCCCUUUGCACCAGCUUGCCACUUCCUCAAGUCCCAUAGCCAUGAUGUCACACGCAAUGCCCAUCAACACGCCGGGGUCCCUCCAGAGCAUGUUCCUGUCGCCACCCCCAGGCUCAAUGCCAUCUCUCCUAGCCGUUCCACAUUCACUGUCAACACCCAACGGCCUCAUCAUGGGAGGGCCUUCCCCGAAGCCUUCACAUCAGUUCCUCGUGCCCAUUGCACCUCUGGAUGCAGAAGACCCGGCUCCAAGCACGUCAAACCCGAUGAACAAUCCACCGACUGGACUUCAGGUGCUGCCCAACUUCCAGCUAGGUCGAUGGAAGAUUCGCCAGUCCUCUAUCAUCUCCCCUCCCAGGAUUUCACCUCCCAAUCCUCACAAGCGCCCUCUCACGUUGGUCGAAGAAGAUCCUGGGGCGCCCUCUGGGUACAAACGCUACAAGAGAGGCCCCCUGGACUCUUCCAUGCAGGAGAGGUUUGAACGCUUUGAGCGCAACGUCCAUUGCGGUGAGAACAACUGCCAGUUCGCCAUGAACACAACUCACUACCACUGCCGCCACACUGGAUGCAACUACAAGUUUGCCGGCAAGACCAUGAUGUACAAGCACGCCCAGCACCAUGACCGUGUUGACAGCAUCAUCCAGGAUGACUUCCAGCGCUUCAAGGCCUCGGUCAGUUGCGACCGCAGCGAUUGCGAGUACACGGCCAAAAACACUCACUUCCACUGCUUACGUUGCCCUUUCAUUUGUACCGACAGCGGCAAGGUGCCUAUCCAUCGUAAGCAACACGCCAAAACGGAAGCGGUGUCUGCUGCCGGCUUCAAGCAGUUCACUUCAUCUGAGACGUGCAUCACUGCAGAUUGCAAGUAUUCUCAGAAGUACUCCCACUUCCACUGUCUUCGUCAAGGCUGCAUGCAGGCUGUCAUCGGCAUGACGCAGAUGGACUCACACAGUCGCAAACAUCGUCUCUAAAAAAAAGAAAAAUCUUCAUACUUCCAUCUCCCUGAGCGAGAGCUGCUGCUCCUUUUUGUUCUAUUCAACAAGUGUAUAAGAAAGCAAUACUUUGAUGAGGUAACUAUGUUUCAGAGGAUGAACCAGUUUCGUACUGAAUUGACAUAUGUAUCUCUAAAAUAUUUUGACGUAGAAUGUGUUUUGUUGUGUUGGAAAAGGUUUGUGAGUUUUCUUGUCAUGCAGUGCUUUGAUUUUCCUUCAGGUUAUUGUCUUUAGGGAGAGCGUUGGAGGAAAUCUAAUGUUCCUCAACUAUUUACUUCUCUACAAUACAUUUGACGCCUGAUACUCUGUAUAGAUUAUCUCUUUAAGGUUGGCAACAAACUUAAGAGUGAAACCGAUGAGUGAUAGAGCACCGCUGUAUUUUCCCCCGGCUUCCGAGUAAAAUCUAUUGAAAUAUCUAUCUUCCCAGCACCUCGGAUUUGCAAUCUUUUAUUUCACCCUAUAGCAGCUGUUUUUAUCAACAUGUCAGGAGAUAUGUUGUAACCAGAAAUUCCUACAGGGACGAUGGUAAAAAUUGAUGUGACUGACUUUUGAAAGUCAACAAGGGAUAUACAUGUACCAAAGAACCAUUUAAUUUAUAUUGUUAGAAAAAAAUAAGUUUACAUAUUUUUCAUAUCAUGCAGAUUUACCAAGUACAUACUUAUUUUCACGAUAGGUGAAAUGCUACAUAAAUUCGAUUCACCUUUCAUGUGGGAAAUCAAUUAUGACAUCACUAAGCAUACAGUCGCGUAGUUGUGGAAUUACUUUCAUAGCUCCUACGAUGUAUAAUCAUGCACUUUGACAAGACUUUUAUUAUGUUUGAAAUUGUGACAAUUUUUGCAGUAUUUGUAUUCAUAUUUGACCAUUUGACAAUUGUUUUAAUCCAUCCAUUUACUGGCAUCAGUGCAAGAGUAUUACUAUAUAUUACUGGAAAGGCAAUGCACAUGUAUUAUUAUUAUUAUUAUCAUUAUUUCAUUUAAAUUAAGUCAGUCCAUCCUACUUUGAAUUGAGUUUCACCGUACUAUUAGUAUUUAUUUAAAUAAUUUAUGUAUGUGCAGAUUUAGUCAUUUAUCUUAAAGUGAAAUAGUGAAAUAUAACUGAUGUUUGAUUUAUAUUCUUGUGAAGCUGUUUUAUAGAAUUUAUACUCUAUAUUAGGAUACAGAUACUAUAACUUUGUGAGACUGUGAGAUUGUGGUAUUGAAGUAUACUAGAGUGAAUAGUGAAUUGCUAUAGAUAUAAAUAUUUAUGACCUUUCCCGGGCUUCCUGUAUAGCAAGUUAUACACGUUCGUGUGAACAUACAUCAUAUAUCAACAGAUUUGUAUUUAUCGUAGUUAGAUAUAAAUGGGGUUUACUAAUGUGAAUGUGUCUGUAUAUUUGAGACCAUAGCUGUGAAUUCCAUUAUGCUGAAUAAUGCAAAUAUUUCUUUGGAUAAAAAUUCUUAUCAAACAACACUAUAAAGUUAUGCUAUAUAUAUAUAUAUAUAUAUAUAUAUGAAUUGAUUGAAAAAAUGAACAUCACUUGUAUCAGAGAACCGAAUUCAGAAAGAAAUGUAGAUCAGGUCUUUAAAUGGUUGUGGUUUUGGCAAGUGUUUUUUAUUAAAGCUAUUUCUGAUGACCCCAAAGAGAUGAUAUUUUAGGAUUUUUCAUUUUCUGUAGGUGACCCAUUUAGAACAUUAAAUGGGACCACCAUGGUGUAUAAACAAAGGCCAUUGACUCUCAUAUGAAAGGUCCUGGGUUCAAACCUUGGUCAGUGCUUACAUCCUUGGACAAGGUGCUUUACCCACAUUUGCCUCUCUGCACCCAGGUGUAUUAAAUGGCAAUGCUGGGGUAGUAAUAAUUGCAGGCCCUCAAAUAGAGCAUUAUUUAUACUGAGGCCACCCUGGCUCUUUAAGACCAAAUUAUAAACCUCCCACAGUAUCUUUGAAACAUAUGAAAGCAUCUGCAUAAAUAUCAACACAGAGUACUUGCAUUAAUCAUGAUUUGCUGUUCAUAACCUUAUACGGCUCAGUUCCUCUACAAAGGUAUUAUAUACGAUGAAGAUAUAUAUAUAUUCAAAGCUUAUUGAACAUAAUGGAAUUCACAUUACUUUCUUCCAACCUAUUUUUAGUGUAUGCAAUAACAAAAUCUAACAUGUUAGCUUCAUCUUCUUUCAGAGGUUAUCUAUCUCCACAAUCACAUUAUAUAUUAAUAUGCAUGUAAUUCUGAAGAGACGUUUUUCUAGUGCAAACAGUGACAACAGCAAUACAACAUGACAAUUUGUCAUACAUCAGUCAUGAAAAUUCUGUAUCAAUUCUAUUUUUAAGGGAAAUGGAAUGGAAUUGGUAAUUAAAUGGAAAGUAUACUACAGGGUUAAAAAUGUUAGGCAAUACCACCCUGGGAAAUGAAUAUUAACAGUUUUACAAAAAAGGCUACAAAACCAAUAACUGUAUAAUUACUUUCAGAUGUAUUGUCACAUCUGUUUUCUUUGCAGAGUGUUUAACAAUCAAAAUCUUCCUUACCCUACUGGUGAUAUGUUUUACUCUUUUAUAAUAAUGUGAAGUGUGAACACUUAAAUAAUUGCAAUUUUCCCUUUGGAAAACACACAUACAUGAAAUCUCUUGUAACAGAUCUCGAGCUCAAGUUUCCUUUUUUGUCUAUAAAAAAGUUUUAGUUCAUCAUAGUCCUUCCAUAAUUGAAAUACUUUUGUCUCCUUUUUCUUCCAUCUUCUCAUUGUGUCUCCAUAUCUUUUUCAAUAGAAUGUUUUAUAUUAUAUCAUUAAAAUAAGUUAAUAUAUUGUAGUUGAGUUACUAUCAGGCAAUAAUAUACUGGAAUUUUGUUGAAAGGGGAUUAGAUAAUUCAAGGGUUUUUGAGUAGCUGCAUUUGAGAAGCAUUUUCUUCUGAUUUCAUCAAAUCUUCAUUAAAUUGAAGAAAAAUUAAAGUCUUCUCUUUUCUGAAAUUAUCAGCACCGGCAAUUUAAACGUUGCAAAUAUUGGCGAAUCCUGUAUUUACGUUAAACCUUUCAAUUACCAUUUGUUACACAUCAUCUUCCUUUGAACAUAUUUGAACUUGUUUACUUUCUCUGUGGCAAUAAGAAACAUAGAUUUUUUAUGUAUUUUGUCUUUUAACUUGCGGAUAAAACUGUCAUUUGUGUAAUGUGUAACUUUCUAUUUUCUUCAUAAUGUAUUUUAGAAAUAAACUUCUAUUAAGAAGUUUAACAGUCGUACCAAGUUACGUAGUGGAAUAAUGCAAAAUGCAAAUAUAUAUAGACAUUUUCCUUCAAUAUUGUCUUCAUCUUAUGUAUUACAGUGACACCCAUAGCUCUUCCUUUUUGCUCAAUUUGGUUCAAACUUUGGUUUCAUAGAUUUUCUCCUUCUCACUUUUUCAUGAAAUACAACAUUGCUUUAUACUUAUAUUGAAUUACCCAGUCAAUAUGGUUACAUAUAUAAUGGAUACCCUAUCAAAUGUUUGCACUACGACUUAUUCAGUUUUAUGGAAAACCCUGGCAAUGUAGUUUUAUUAGAAUACCCUAUCAAUCUUUUGCACCUGUAGUAAAUUAGUUUUAAUGGAACACCCUGUCAAUGUAGUUAUAUUAGAAUACCAUAUCCAUGUUUUGCGCUUUAGUACAUUGAUGUUUCUCCGAACUAUCCCAAAUGGGGUUCAUAUCUUGUUAAUCUUAGAGGCAUCAUUAGAGUUUAGCUAGCUGCUUCUUAUUUUGUAGGCAUACUUGAAUGAUGCUAAUUUUAGUCUCCAACCUCUGUACGCGUACGUGAAGUAUUUUUCAGGAAUUUGUAGAAAGAAUGUGUGUAUGUGCUGUGAUAUAUUGAUAUUCUAAUAGGCAUUUAUAUAAUACACAUCACAAUUAAGAAAGCAAUACCUACAUAUAUAUGAUAAAUGUCAAUGUAUAUAAAUUAUAUUUCGUGGAAAGAGUGAACAUAGUAACAUUUUUGGUGUGUGGAUUCUUUUUUCAUCAUUUUUUCUCAUGAAAAUCAACUGUCUAUAGAAGAAAUACUUAUACAAAGAUUGCUAUCUCGUUGUUCUGUAAUAUAUACAUGACUAAGUAAGGCUCUAGUUUGUAUUUGAUUCAGAGAUUUCUUGAUCAGGAGAAAAUGUUAUAUUUGGAAAUGACUUCAAGCUGUUAUUUAGGUACAGCUUGUUUCUUGAAAAAAUGAACAUAUAUGACUUGUUUAAAUGUAUAUUAUUACUUGUGGCACUCUCGUGUAGUGCAGAAUUACAGUUUGUGAAAUAAUUAUAAUGAUGCAAAACAGUGUGUGACUAGAUAUAGAAGUACCUAUUGGCGUGUAUAGAUAAUAUGCCUGUUUACGUUUCUUUUUCUUCUGGUUUUCGAUGAUAUUCGUGCGCCGCGGACAGUUUGGACCUCUUGAAUACUUCAUUUGUUUAGGUUUAGCCAAAAGUGUGAUGAUAAUUUGUUGUUUUUUGUGUUUGUGUGUGUGUGUUGUUAUUUUCUGUUGAUUUUGUUUUUUGGGUUGAUGUGCAAAGGAAUUCUGCAUUCCAAGAGAGUAAUUUUGUCAAAAUUUCUCUGACUUUUUUUUUCAGUGGAUAUAUGCAGUUACAGCAACUGAACGAAGACGAUCUGGUUUUGGUAUACUAAAUUCUAAUUUGCAAGCUCAUCACAAAUACAACUUUUAAACUCUUGUCUGAAGAUAUGAGUUUCUCUAAAUGAGUAAUUUGUUGAAAAAUUGCAUUAUGGACCAGAUAAUAUAGAACAUAAUUUUGGCAUAUAUCAAUCAUAUUGAAAUUGGUUGAAUUUUUUGCUUAAAAUGCACAACUGGCCAUCGUCAUUGUGCAUGACGCAUUACUAAAAGCAAAUACAGAUUGCAUGCAAAAACGGGCAAUACUUACAACAAUGUGAUUGUACUAUUAUCAAAAAAGGAGACAACAUAAUGUAUUCAUUCAUCUGACAGUAUUAUAUGUUCUGCAUUUAUUUUGGCCAUUUAUUUUGAUAUGUUGAAGGAAAAAGAGAGAAUUAAUUCAAUUUUCUAUCAUUCUGAAUAUGGGUUUCAAUGUGCAAAAAGAAAUGUUUAUUGAGUUUUAAUUUAGUACCUGUGUUGUAACAGUACUGUCUAUUUUUACCUUUUUUUCGUUUGUUUUUGGAAGAGAGGGAGGAAAAUCAAAUACUUUGUAUGAUACACAGAAAAUGCUGUAUUGAUGUUGGUUGAUAUUUGUAGAUAAAGUAUUUUAUAAAGGAGAUAUGUAUAUUGUUUCACCAAUUUUGACUAGUGUGUGCCAGUAAGUAUGAGUAGUAAAGAAUCAAAGUUGAAUGGUAAAAUGGCACCAUGGAUGUUUGGAAGAACUCCAGGAAAUUUUUUAAAUAUGAUGAAAGUGUUUUGUUUUUUAAAAUCCUGAAGACACUCAAUUGCUUUGUAUAUUGUUUGAAUGGUGUUUGGCAGGAAUUCUUGAAAACGGUGCAGUGCCAUAUUGUGGAUUGUUUUAUUGUUCAUUUAAUAAUCGACUCAAUUUUUUUUGCUGUGAAACGUGUGUAAAGACUUGUUGGAAGGGUACGUCCUCUAGACGGGGAAGUCCCUGCGAUGACAGGACGUAGAGGUUUAAUGUACGGUGUAUUCAUCGGUUUUGAAAUAAUAAGUGACAUUUUGAAAAUGUGAUGUACUAUAAACCAGCUUCAGGUAUAUGACCCCUUUAUAGUAUCUGACCUCUAAUAUCACCCAUGUGACUUUGUCCUCUUUGAAUCGACCUUUGACCCAUGACGAUUAUACCACUGUUGUACCCUUUGUGAUCAGGGGAAUCCCCCCUCCCCCCCCCCCCCUUCCAAAAAAAAAGGAUAUCCUUCACAUCAUUUGUAGUUAAUCACAAUUUGAAUUAUAGAUUUCAAUCCCUCUUCCUCCCACUGUAGUAUUUAUUCUUUAGUUAUUAUCAUGAAUGAUGAAUAUAUGACGAACGGCUCUGCCAGUUCACCUAGUGCAAGUUUUUUCUCUCUCUAUCUCACUGUUUUGUUCGGUGAGGUAUAUGUAGUUAGAUGAGUAGAUCUUUUUAUCAUUCGAUUGGACAGUUGUUAUGUCUUCCUUGCAGUGUUUCCCUUUUUUUUUUAAUUUGAUGGAGACAAAUAAAAAAAGUUUGAAAAGAA